AGGGAGUCGAAGACUCGGUGAUCAGUCACCUUGACCACCUGCUCUUAACUCCUCCAACGCCAGUCGAGACUCGCUACACGUACUAAAUACGCCAUGGCGAGAUAGAGUUGAUAUCAAACACUGCCAUUUCCGCCGAGCAGCAAUGUCCGAUGACGAGACCGCACACUCGCAGGCAUCGCGCCCAUCACAGCCUCGCGGAAAGGAGCCGCGCCGCAGCCUCAGGCUUCGCCUUGCAUGCGCGCGCUGUCAGCGCAGGAAAAUUCGCUGCGACGGCAAGGUCCCGACAUGCAACAAUUGCCGAAAGGCUGCGGUCGACUGUGUCGAUGGCGACAGCGUCCGCCUCGGAGAUAUCCCGCGAGCACAAAUCAAGAGCCUACGGAAUAGGGUCCAAUGGCUCGAAUCCAUUAUCAAAGCCCGUUGCCCAGACGUGGACCUAUCGCAGGGGGGCGACGAUCUCGACGUUGGUCAUGAAAUGACCGAGAUGACCCCUGUUGCAUCUGUGGAGGCAUCGCGUUCCGAGCCUGAGCGUUCUCAUGAGGUCGACGCGAACCCUAGGAUCCGAGGGAGGGUGCAGGAUGGGCUAUCACAUGAAAUUGGUCUCGUGGCGCUCAAAGCUUCGCAGCACCCGCGGUAUCUGGGACCUUCGAGUGGCUACUUCCUGGCACGGGUGAUGUUGGCCACCAACCGUCCCGAGGAAGCAGGUUGGCGCUCCAAAUUCGGAGCUGGAACAAGCCAUGCGGAAAAGUCGAUGCCCGUGGACCUUGUCGAGGCGCUUCAAGGGCCGUUACCGUUCCCACCGGCUGCGCAGGCCAGGCUACUGUGUGACCAGUACUUUGAAAUUGUGCAUCCCCAGUUUCCGAUACUGCAUGCGGCGACAUUCAGGGACAGGCUGCCCCAUGUAUUGGAGAACCCUGACAUGGACGACCAAGAUACCUUUCAGGUCUUCAUGGUCUUGGCGCUGGGCGCCAUGGUUGCCUCACACCAGCGCCGCGUGCAUCUUCCCGCUGAAUCGUACUGCUUAUCAGCUCUACGGCUGCUGGAGCGCAUCCACGCGGAAAAGUCAGUCAAGGGACUGCAGUGUCUCCUGCUGCUGUUCGUGUUCACGAUACACAGCUCGAGCAUGAAACUCAGUGUGUGGCACCUCAACUAUCAGUGCAUUGCCGCCGUCAUCGAUCUUGGCCUGCAGAGGAACAUUACUGCUGUCACAAACUCGGAAAUGACGGGGCUGGAGCAGGAGAUGCGGACCCGCAUACUCUGGGUUGUGUUGAUACUGGACAGGAGGGUUGCCACAAUGAUGGGGAGACCUAUCGGCUUGAGAGAUGAAGCGUGUGAUCUACGACUUCCUCAGACUUUGAGCGAUGACUUUCCUGUGUCAGGGGGCGAGUCGUCUGGGCAAACAACGCCCUCUACGGCAGCCUUCUCGCUCCACCUGUUCAGACUCACCAAGCUCAACUCGGAGAUCAAGUACGUCGCCAUGAGUAUCCGCCGCGAUCCGCCAUACUACGCGUUUCCACACGCCGCCGAUCUGCAAGAGUGGCAGCGAAACACUUUUCGAAAACUCGACCAGUGGUUAGCGGACCUGCCACCGCAGAACUCGAGCAAUGUGUAUAUCCACACCAUCUGCCAGAUCCAGGGUCAGAGCCUGAAGAUGGUGCUUCUCCGACCGAGUCCGGCGAUACCAGACCCGUCCAAGGACGCGCUACGCCAGUGUCACGAGGCAGCGGCGACAAACCUGCGCCUUUUUGGGAUUUUGUACACGGACAAUCUUCUGGUGCACGGCUGGGAGACAUUCUACCACCUCGUCCUCAGCUGCAUCACGCGGAUCUACUGCAUCAAGGCCGUGCCGGAGCUGGCGAGCGAGAUGGACCCCCAGACCUUGCUCGCAGACAUGGGGGACUGUUUGGGCAUCCUCAGCGCCACGGGCGAGCACUGGCCCGGAGCCAAGCGAUGCCGUGACAUCCUACACGAUCUCGUCCGCUCCCUGGUGCAGUGGCUGAGCGAUCUCAACAGGACAGCGGGAACGCGGGCGCCAGACACAGCAGUGCCCCGGCAGCAACAAGCGUUGAGAAGUCUGCCUGCGGACACGGCAUGGGACGGAUCGCAGCUCAUGCCGCAAAUGGACAAUGGCGGCGACAUGGCCACAGCACCACCCGUGAUGGCUGGUGCCGAAGCGCCUCUGCCGUUCUUUGGGCAGGACACGUUCGAUCCGUUGGCGGGUGUGGGAUUUGGCGACUUUAUGCCCGAUUCGCAGGCCAUGGACAGCAUGAUACGGAGUUUGUUCGAUGACUUUAUACCAAACGGCGUGGAGGGGUUCCCCGAUACUCUUGGGUAGCGACGGGAUGAAAGCGUCGUUCCAAUACGGCGGCCCCUUCCCGGCUUCCUACUUCCUCGGACAUUCACCGUUUGUUGAAUGCGUGACGGAGGAACUC